AAUUAUUCAUCUUUUGAUUUUGCAGAAUUUAGUGGAAAUGACGAUUGUGAUGCUGUGGGACUCCUGACUAAAAGUUGGUAAUUGUGUUAUGAGACUAGCCAGUCAAUGUUCUCCCUAGACCAAGAAAACCACUCCAAAAUACCAAUUAAAUAUGGAGAACUCAUUGUAUUAGGGUACAAUGGUUCUCUGCCAAAUGGCGAUCGGGGACGAAGAAAAAGCAGGUUUGCCUUGCUUAAAAGGCCCAAGGCAAACGGAGUAAAGCCAAGCACAGUUCAUGUUGUCUGUACUCCUCAAGCUGCAAAGGCGAUCAGCAACAAGGACCAGCACAGUAUUUCCUACACUCUAUCAAGAGUUCAGACUGUGGUUGUUGAAUACACCCAUGACAGUGGCACUGAUAUGUUUCAGAUUGGCCGGUCAACAGAAAGCCCUAUUGAUUUUGUGGUAACGGACACUGUUCCUGGAAGUCAGACUAAUUCAGACACACAGUCUGUGCAGAGUAGUACUAUAUCAAGAUUUGCUUGCAGAAUAAUUUGUGAAAGAAAUCCUCCUUAUACAGCCAGAAUCUAUGCAGCAGGAUUUGACUCAUCAAAGAACAUCUUUCUUGGAGAGAAAGCUGCAAAGUGGAAGACCUCAGCUGGACAGAUGGAUGGGUUAACAACCAAUGGAGUUCUUGUCAUGCAUCCACACACUGGAUUUGCUGAAGACUCAAAACCUGGAGUAUGGAGAGAGAUAUCAGUUUGUGGGAAUGUGUUUACUCUUCGGGAAACGCGAUCUGCACAGCAGAGAGGAAAAAUGGUAGAAAUAGAAUCCAAUGAACUGCAAGAUGGCUCUCUUGUCGAUCUCUGUGGUGCAACACUGCUGUGGCGUACUGCAGAAGGCCUUUCACACACACCAACAGUAAAACACUUGGAAGCUUUGAGGCAGGAAAUUAAUGCUGCCAGACCUCAGUGUCCUGUAGGAUUUAACACACUGGCCUUUCCCAGCAUGAAGAGAAAAGAUGUUGUUGAUGAGAAACAGCCUUGGGUGUAUCUGAACUGUGGUCACGUUCAUGGCUUUCACAAUUGGGGAAACAAAGAAGAAAGAGAUGGAAAGGACAGAGAAUGUCCUAUGUGUCGGACAGUAGGACCAUAUGUUCCUUUGUGGCUUGGAUGUGAAGCUGCAUUUUACGUUGAUGCUGGGCCUCCAACUCAUGCAUUUAGUCCUUGUGGGCAUGUUUCUUCUGAAAAAACAGCCUCCUACUGGUCCCAGAUUCCUCUUCCUCAUGGUACACAUACUUUCCAUGCAGCUUGCCCAUUUUGUGGACACCAACUGACUGGGGAACAAGGUUACAUUCGACUAAUUUUUCAAGGACCUCUUGACUGAAGUGUGUUCCAGAAAAUUGCUCCUAAGCUAAACUUUUUCUAGGAGAAUCUGACUUUUUAGGGCUUAUUUGAAAUAAGUUUGUUUUUAAUUGCUCCGUAAAUGAGAAGAUUGUGUGAGCGUGCCAGUGCAGGCACUGUGUGUGUGCGCGUGCAUCUGUGCACGUGUGAUUUCAUAGGAUCUGUUCUCUCAUGCUUCAGUUCAGACUGAUCCUGAAAAUAUAACCAGAAGGCUAACCUACAUCUUCAAAGCUACUGGUUGCUGUAAGAUAUUUUAGUAUGAGGAGGAAGACGUGAAAAAUGUAGUUUUUAUGAACAUUCCCUGCCUCAUCCAGGGGUUUGUUUUAUAACAGGCUGGGAAUCGUACUGCCUGAAUUCAAACUAUAUUAGUUUGCAUUCUUGAAAUGUAAUGAAGUGUAAUGUACUGAAACAUUUUUUUGAGCUUUUGAAUAAAAAUCAGGGGUAAUAUUUCUACUGGCAAAAAGUAAAAGUUAAAUUGCUUAGCCAGUAGCUUUUAAAUAUAAUGGCUUACCAGAUCCACCUUAUAAAAUAAUCCUUUUCUUACACUAUUAUAGUACGUAGUGAAAUAAAGAAAUGUUUAAAAUGGGUGUUUGUUUUGAAUUAAUGUAGGAAGACGUGGCCCCCCCCCCCCUUACUGACUGGUACAAGACGGGCAGUUACAGCGAAUGAGCUUUAAUUUUAUUCUUGAAAAGUAGGUUAGUAUGCCUUAGCUAAGUGACAGAAUGUUUAUUAAGAGUGUUUAAGUGAUUAUUUUGGGGAGGGAAGAGAGAGAGGAUAUGCAAAUUAAAAUGUGAUGUACUGAAUUCAUAUAAAAGUAAAUACUUCGUAAAAUGUACUGCAAAUGAGUCUGUAAACACAGUUCUCUUUUUAAAUCAGUGUUACAGAUAGUCCAUCUUUCAGAGAGCUUAAGAAACUUUGCCUUUUAUAUUUAUGCAGAGCUAGUUUCUGUUUAGCCACUACAGAACUUGAUGUGUUACAUUGCUGGUAUUCUUAUUUUCAAGAGUAUUUUCUGUUAUUUUUGAUGUUCAUUGUUCAUUUGAUGACAGUUUAUGGCAUUGUUGGUGUAAGAAACGUUUUGAUUGAAUGUCAACAGAGUAAACACAUUCAUCUAUAAGAGUA